GCAAAGUCCUUUAUAUUGUGGUCAGUUCUUUCUUCUUACACCGCGUGUAGGCUGUCGUUCCAAACACGAUCAGUCCUGCAACGUGCUUAGACCGGUCCACGCUACAAACGUGAUUUGUAUCUUAUGAAAAAUAUUUUAAAUAAGCGGAUUUUACCAAGUUUUUGCUAACGUAAACAACGCAAUUAUGAGUUAUCGCAAUUUUCAUCGCCUCCAGCCAUCAGACUCAAUUGUUAUAGAUGAUAGUGAUGAUGAAGAAAUUGCUGCAGCCUCAUUCAGAGGCCCCAAUGCCACUACCAGACGUGAUACAAGAAUUAUUGGUGAUUCUGAUUUAUCGGCGGCUUCAACAAGUGCAGAUUCUCGUAAUACUUCAUAUAGCUCGGCCACAGAUAAAAAAGUCGAUGAAUCUCUUGAUUCCGAGGAUGAAGAUUUACAAUUUAUGAAUCAAAGUGGAAAAGUAUCUAUAUUGGAUGAUACUAGUGAAGAUGAAGAAAGUGAUGAAGAGGUUGUUACAAAACAACCACAGCUUAAUAAAAAUAAAAGACAAUCUAUUUAUGAAAAUCCUAUAAAACUCACUCCCAAAAGUGAAAGUACUCCAAUAAAUAGUCAUUUGAAGAAAAGAUCAAGGAGAUUAAUUAUCAGUAGUGAUUCUGAUUCAGAUGAGGCUUCACCAUCAAAUGCUGCAAAUUUUUCGGUAAAAGAAAGUAUGGAAAGUUAUAGUGCAGAUAAUAACUCAAGUGAAGAAAGUAAUUUUAAAGAUCAAAGUAAUGAAUCAAUCAAUUCAAGAAGAGUUGUUGAUUUAACACAAACAAAUUCAAUUCCAAAAAACAGUAAAAAUAGUCACUUACCUUAUAAAAAUACCAAUGCUAUUGACCUCACUACAAACGAUGACUUUAAUAACGAAAGUUUAAUGAAAAACAAGAAUAAUGGAAAAUUAAUGACUGCUACUAAUAAUUAUAAACCUAACAAUAAUAAACUACAAGUUCCAGAAAAAGACAAUGUUAUAAUUUGCAGUUCUGGAAAUUCAUCAGAAAAUGAAAUAGAUAAUGAUGCCAUAAACUGGGCUAGGAAGGAAUUGGGUGUUGGAAACAUAGAUCCUAUUGAAGCACAAAAAAAAGAGCAUCUGUUAAUUGCAAUAGAUAAUACAGAGAAACAGUUAAUAAAACUGAAGAAAUUUACAGAAUCUGUUGCAGUAGAAAAGCUACCAGAUAAAGGUGCUAAAGUAUUUAAAACUAUUCAAGAACACGAGUUAAAACUUAAAGCUUACCAAAUAGAUUUAGAGAAAUUAUCUAAUAAAACGAAGUCAAGAAUUUCAACACCAAAAAUCAGGAAAAGUGAACAAAUUUAUAAUGAUAAAAAAAAAGUUAAUCCAAAAUCCAAAUAUGAAAUGUCAGAAAGUUCAGAUUUAAGUUACAAUGAAGAUGACACUUCAGUUAGUAUUCAUUCUCCUACUUUGAAUGUAAAUUCAGUAGUCAAAAGAGACAAAUCAUUUAUUGACCCGAGGAAAGAACUUAAAGAAGAUCGUUUUAAUCCAUUUCCAGAAAUUGAUUAUAAAAAUAUUCCAAAUGUCCCUCAAACUUCUUUUGUUACCAAUGAUCUUGGUAAGAAAGCUAUGGAAACACUAUCAAAACAACAGAGUUUAACUCAUCAAAGGCUUGAACAGUUGCAUGGAUCAUUAACAACUCGUCCUACAGAAGACCAAAGAGAAAAAGAUCCUACUGGAUUAAAGAUUACAUUAAUGCCUCAUCAACAGCAUGCUUUGGCAUGGAUGAAAUGGAGAGAAAAACAAAAACCAAAAGGAGGAAUAUUAGCUGAUGACAUGGGCUUAGGAAAAACUUUGACUAUGAUUUCCUUAAUUUUGGCAACUGUUAAUGAUACCAAAGAUAGUGAUAAUAGCAGCAGUGACACAGAUCAUAGUAGUGACAGUGAUGGAUGGAUUUCAAAGAAGCAAUCUAAAAAUAAACAUAAAAGAUAUUAUGGUGGUACUCUAGUUGUUGCUCCAGCGUCGCUUUUGAAACAAUGGGAAGGAGAAGUAAAAAAUCGUGUCAAAAGGGGAUUACUUUCGGUACUUGUAUUUCAUGGUAAUACUAGAUAUGUUGAUGAUAGAAAAUUAUCAAAAUUUAAUAUCGUUGUUACUACUUACCAAACUUUGGUGAGAGAAGCAGAAAAAAAUACUGGAUUUUACAAAAUGGAAUGGAACAGAAUUAUUUUGGAUGAAGCUCAUUACAUAAGAAAUCACAAAAGUAAAGCUUGUACAUCAGUUUGUGGGUUGCUGGCCAGAUACAGAUGGGCUCUCACAGGAACUCCAAUUCAAAACAAAGAAAUGGAUCUGUAUGCAGUUUUGAAAUUUUUAAAAUGUUCUCCGUUUGAUGACUUACAAGUUUGGAAACGUUGGGUUGAUAAUAAGAAUGAUGCUGGUAAACAAAGGCUGAUUAUGCUAAUGAAAUCUCUGAUGCUUCGAAGAACUAAACAAGAACUUCAAUCAAAAGGAGCGUUGGAUUCACUUCCAGAUAAAAAUAUCGAAAUUGUUGAAAUUACCAUGGACAAAGAUGAAACUCUUGCUUAUCAAAAAAUACUUUUAUUCUCACAAAACCUCUUUGCUCAAUUUUUAGCUCAACGAGCUGAAAAAAAUCAAUUACGAGAAAUUUAUGGUGGAGGAUAUAGUAAAUAUGAUGGUAAAAAUACUCAUUUCACAAAAGCACAAAAAGUUCUAUUAGAACACCAUCGUAGCAUUGAGUCUCAUGAAAUUUUAGUCCUACUACUUCGUCUACGACAAAUGUGCUGCCAUCCAGCACUCAUACACUCAAUGUUAGAUAAACAAGAUGCUGAAAUAAGCGGCUUAGAAGAAGACGAUAAUAGUUCUGAACUUUUGAAAAAGUUGCAAAACAUGUCUAUUAACGAAAAUGAAGAAGUAGAUGAACAUGUUGUGGAUUACAAAAUUGAUGAUCAGGUGGUUAGUAAUUUAUUAACUAAAAAGAAUCCCGUAUUUAAUGACGACCGUAAAAGUUCUAAAACUCGUUCUAUUCUCCAAACGAUCAAAGAAAUAAUAAAUAAAGGAGAUAAAUUAAUUGUUGUAUCGCAAUGGACCAGUUAUUUAAAUAUUCUUGCUUUGAAGUUAGAUGAAGUUGAAGAUGCUUGCUAUGCUAAGUUCACCGGAGAAGUAGCGGUUAAAAAUAGACAAGCUGUCGUGGACAAAUUGAAUGAUCAUCAUGAUGAUGUUAAUAUUCUCCUAUUGUCUUUAACUGCUGGUGGUGUAGGCUUAAAUCUGGUUGGAGCUAAUCACUUACUACUUGUUGACAUUCAUUGGAACCCUCAAUUAGAGGCACAAGCUCAAGACAGGAUAUAUCGAUUCGGUCAAAAAAAAAGUGUUUACAUUUACAAGUUUAUCUGUAAAGAUACUAUUGAAGAGAGAGUAAAAAAUCUUCAAGACAAAAAACUGGAUAUAGCAAACCACGUUUUAACAGGCACAAGAUCAGUUUCAUCCAAAUUGACAAUCGAUGAUCUAAAGAUGCUGUUUUCAUAGUUGGCCAUUGAUCACUUGCUGUAUAUCUACGAUAAAUGUUGUAUAGUUCAAAAAAAAUAUAUAUUACAAAAUUUUACUAAAGUAAACGUAAAAAUACUAAUAUAUUUUUCUAAGUGCAAUGUGUUGCAUUUUCCGAAUCACUUUUGAAAAAUGUUUUAUAAAAUGUUUUCUAAUAAAGUAUUAUGUGAGCGAAGGAGCUUCUUCGAUUCUCCAACCAAUUUUAUGAA